UGCUCAACCGAAGAGUUAAAAUCAUAUUUGUGCAUGAAUUAAUUAAUUUAGGUUGUAUCGAAUCUGCUGCUGUUAUCUUUUUCUGUUCAGGGCGAUGGUUCAGGGUUGUUUCGACAUUGCACACGGUGGAGAAGCCGUAGCAUAUCACCCACUCAGCAGAGUGUGAAACAUGGCAGCCCAGGUGUCUGAGUCAGACCAGGUUAAACAGUUUAAGGAGUUUCUGGGAACAUACAACAGAGUGACCGAGAACUGCUUCAUGGAUUGCGUCAAAGAUUUCACCUCAAGAGACGUGAAACCUGAGGAGUCCAGCUGCUCAGAGUCCUGCCUACAGAAGUAUCUGAAGAUGACUCAGCGGAUCUCCAUGCGUUUCCAGGAGUAUCACAUUCAGCAGAACGAGGCUCUUGCUGCUAAAGCUGGACUGCUUGGUCAGCCUCGUUGAACUGGGCUCAAAGGGAAUGGAUCAAGAGCGGUCCUGCUCUGGCAGAGCCACCCUCUCCAGGACAAAGACUAGAACAGAUGUUCUGUUUCAGUAUCAGACCAAGCCAGAGCUCUGACACCUGUCUGUUGGAUAAAGGCUCAUCAUCGUGAUUUUUCUUUUUCUCUUUGUCAGCCUUUCUGAGUCAGACCAUGACGGGAAACUGGAUGUUCUUUAAAGUUCGGACUUCAAGUUGGUCUUUUGAAAUACAUUUAACUUGCAGUUUUUAUGGUAUCUGAAAAUAAUAAAAUGAAGAAUUAUGAAAAUAUUUGACAUAUCUUUGAUAAUUUUUGUCAUUCAGUUCAAAAGUUUUAUGUGUUAAAGACUUGAUCACUCGGUUUAGUUUAGAGAAUGUUCUGACAUGAGAAUGAGACAUUUCCUGUUAAAAGAAACAAUGUAGUUGCAUGAAAUACAUUAAACAUCUAAACUCCUAAUCAUUAAAGAGUUAAAACCUGAA